AUGGAAGGCUCCAAAUUUCCGAUGAAAUCGGACCAAUUGGCCGAUCAGGUCGAUCAAGAUGCGCAUGAUCUGGUAGCCAUGGGCCACCAGGAGGCCCUGACGCGCAAAUUCAACAUAUGGAGCAUGCUAGCACUGGCCUUUUGUGUCCUGGGGACAUAUUCUACCUUCGCUCAGGAUCUGAGCAGCGGCUUGUCUAAUGGGGGCCCUGUUUCGAUUCUUUGGGGCCUGGUUCUGGUCACAGCGUGCAACCUAUGCGUUGCCCUUUCGCUCGGUGAACUCACCAGCAGCAUGCCUACGGCCUUGGGCCAGGCAUACUGGGUGUGUAGGCUUUGGGAUACACCGUUCGGCCGCUUUCUAUCCUACCUGUGUGCUUGGAUCAACACUUUUGGCUGGUGGACUUUAACUGCCUCGCAGGUGGCGUUUAUGACGUCUUUCAUGCUGGGUCUCCAGGAGAUGUAUGAUCCGAAUUGGAACGGUGUUAAGGAAGGCUGGUUGCAAUUUGUCGUCUAUUUCGGGUUGGUGCUGGUCCUGACAGUCAUCAACGUGAUUGGAUGUAGGCGCGAUGAAAUCCUUCCCUGGUUCAACAGCUUUGUCGGUGUUUGGUUCACAGGGCUCUUCGUCGUCCUGUCACUGGCUCUUCUCAUCUCCGUGGGCAUCAGAUCUGGGCUGACUUUCCAACCCGCUUCAUUCGUCUUUGGCUCCUGGAUGAACGGAACUGGCUGGCCUAGUGGUGUCGUCUGGUUCACUGGUCUCGUCCAGGCGGCUUACGGCCUCACAGCAUUUGAUGCAGUUAUUCACCUGGUGGAGGAAAUUCCUGCGCCCCGGCGCAACGCCCCUAAAGUCAUCGGGCUCGCCGUCCUCAUCGGGGCGAUCACAGGCUUCGUCUUCAUGGUCAUUUGCCUGUUCUGUAUUCAGAACGUGGACAACGUGGGGAACGCCGACCUUCCCUUCAUCGAGUUGAUGCAAGAAACCGUGGGCCUCACCGGGACAACAGUCCUCAUCGCCCUCUUCAUCUUUAAUGGCGUUGGCCAGGGCGUGAGCAUCCUGACUACCGGCUCUCGACUGACAUGGGGCUUCGCACGAGACGGCGGUCUUCCCUGGAGUGCGUAUUUCGCCGUCAUCGAUCCGACAUGGAAAUCUCCCGUUCGAGCGCUCUGGCUACAGGGCUUCCUGAUCGCCCUGGUUGGCAUCCUUUACCUCUUCGCCAACACCGUGCUAGAGGCCAUUCUCAGCGUAAGCACAAUCGCGCUCACAGUCUCAUACGCUCUUCCCAUUGUCGCAUUGCUGGUUGUGGGCCGCGACAAACUGCCCCCCGGUCCAUUCAGUCUCGGCCGCUGGGGUCCGUUCCUCAACUGGGUUAGCAUCGUCUACUGUGUAGUGACCACGAUCUUUUUCCUAUUCCCUGGCGGGCCGAACCCCGCAGCUGCAGAUAUGAACUACGCUAUUGCCGUGUUUGGCGUCAUGCUGGUUGUGGCGCUGGCCUUCUGGUUUAUCCGUGGCCAUCGGACAUACCUGACGACAAACGACGCGAUGGCACAGAUGAUUCUCGCCCAACGGCUGGAGCAGGAGACCGCGGAAGCGAGGGACAAUCUGACAUGACAUGACACUGGGAAAUUCUCCUGUAAUGUAAUGUUCAGUAGGCCACAGUCAUCAUUGAAUAGCAAGAGCCGUGGUCUAGAGCAGAUCACAAUUAGCGUUGAACGGAGGCAAUGCGGCGGACUUUAUGAUUGAUGAUUUAUUUUAUAGCUUCGAAACGUA